GUCAGUAUUCCAUCUCGGUCCUCCUUCAGCACAGCUUUUCCGGCCCGAUCGUAGCAGAGACAUUUAAAAAAGAUUCAGUCGACCUAUGCGCGUACGAGGACGACGCUAUGGGCAGAUUUUGGCCUCUCUUCCUUGUGCUGGCAGCGUGCGGGGUCAGCGGAGCAUUUCGAGAGGCGAGGUCGGCCAAGGUCACACCUGACCUGGUCAAAGAUCAAACCGACGAGCAUCAGCACGGCAGCAGCGCCUUACCACUGAGGGCUGACGGAAAGAAUCCAGUUCACGAGUGCCCGAGCAAUGGCGUCCAUCACGCCAUUUUAGACAAAGACAGUGAAGAAGCAUGCCAGCUGCACGGAGGACUUACCCCAAGAUGUUCGGAUUUGUCUGGUCUCAUCGUCUUCCUCAACGAAACGCGGACCAGACAAAAUUUUACGAUUUUGGGCGACGGAAAAAUCGAUGUGUAUCUGAAGGAAUCCAAGCUGGGAGAGUUCGGACUGAUGUACAAAUGCUAUUCAUCCAACAAAAGCGAGUAUGCCUUUAAAAAAAUAGGCGUUGGGAAUCCACCUUCGGAUGUGCAGAACUUAACGUGUAUAUCAGCAAACUUGGAGUAUUUGAACUGUUCGUGGAGGCAACCGUACAACCCUGCCCAAAAUAAUGAUUAUGGGGCUUACCUCUACAACAGGACAUGGCACUGCAACUACGGGCGCGACCAGUGCGUGGCGAAUACCAGCAACGGGUACAGGCCAGAGGACCCGUCCCCCCCGCUGAUCUUCAGUACCGAGAACGUCCUCGGACCCGCGAGCUUCACCCAUACCAUUGACAACUGGGCUGCAAUGUUACCAAAACCUGCUGAAGACUUUGCGGUCGAAGAAAAGUCCCCCAUGAAGAUCUCGGUGACUUGGACGUCACCUUCUCCCCUGAGGAACUUCCCGCCGGGGCUCUUCUACCGAUUAGAUCUUCGCGGUCUUAAUCAUUCUGUUUCUACCAUGACUACAGUGGGGAAAUACAGUAACAGCAGCACCUGGGAAGUGGAGACCCAGGUUCCGUUCCCGUGGCUCACUUACGAGAUCAAGCUGCGACUCCGCUCCGGACGAAGGAACGCCACGACCGACGCCCACUGGGAAGAUGGCUGGUCGUCCGAACCCGUCCACGAGGCAGUCGAAAUAAAGCCAGCAGCGCCGUGGGCAGCCCCAGAGGUGGACGUCGGGACCUUUCGGGUGAACAGGAGCGCAGACUCCAGUCGCAUGGAACUGACGGCGAUGUGGCGACGGCUGCCCCCCCUGCUGCACAACGGCCCCGGCCUGCGCUAUGUGGUGAUGUGCUCGAAUUACAGCAAGAUUGUCAACACUACUGAGCCAAUGGCAACUUUCCCAAACCUACCAACUGGUUCAUACAGGGUGACUAUAAAGCCUGAGAAUACCGAAGGACCCAGUAACGAAACGUCACAUAUAGAUAUCAACGAAAAAUUACCACUCGCUCCCGCCCUGUCUGUUGUCGUCUUCCACAGAACCACAAAACAGUAUGAACUCAGAUGGGAAGGAGAAAGUAACUACACUUACACAGUUUAUGUUUGCAUCGACGACACCUCCAGCAAAGACUGCAAGGGGAAUCUGUACUGGAAAGGUGUAGGAAGAACAUCAGCCGUGAACAUCACCCUGCAAGAAAUGAACAUCAGCCAGAGCGCAUCGAAACCGCGCUUCGCUCUGUCGGCCGAGAACGAGGCACGGGAAUCCAGCGGCAUGGCGUGGGACACGUGCGCCCGCCCGCAGGACUACGACAGCAAACCAAAAUCACCUGUUAUCGAGAUUACAGAAACGGACGAGAGCGUAAUUUUGAGCUGGAGUCUGUCCUGCACCAACCGCUCGGGGAUAGUGGAGAAGGCCGAGGCUUCGUGGGGACCAAAGCAACACAACUGCAGUUCUCAAAUAUCGAGCGAAUUGCAGAUUCCGAAACACGAAUUGCAGCGGGACACCAACUAUACCAUAUGUCUUCGACUCCUGUACCGAAGCGGUUAUUCGGACUGGUCUACCACGACAUACAGUAUAGGAAAAGAUUCCAUACCGAUUGGGAUCAUUGUUCUGCUGGCCAGUAUCUCUGUGAUUGUUGUUACUGUUUUGGUUCUGGUUGGAAAACGAAUCUUCAGGCACAUUCACAAAGCCCACAAGGAACUGACGAGACACAUAAACAUGCCAUCCGUCUUAUCCGAAGAGGGUGAAGGCGCGACACUAAAAGACCAGCGCGGCAGCCAUUGCGACCUCGGAACGCCCUGCAAAGCACCAGAAGAGGUCAAGCAAAGCCCCAAAGACAAAACACGCUGGCGCGCAACUGACGAUAAAAUCCAGGAAACCAAACUUCGGCCAGAGGAAAAGGAAAAACAAGCCUACAUAUUCGGAAUGAGCCACGCCGAGGGCCAGCAAGGAGGAAGCUGCGCCGGCUACGUCCUCGCCCACGACCCGGAGGAGAGACCCGACGCGGGAGCCCCCAGCCGCAGAGCCGAGGGGACGAGCGUUGAGUUGUGUGAUAAGAAGGGUGAUUGUUCGCCUCCGUUCACUUCGAAGGGUUAUGUUCAGUGUUCAGCGAUCACAGAACGCUUAGACAGCUUCCAGUAACAGAUGGAGCGUUUAAUCUCACGAGGGCGAGGCUAUUCUGCUCUGACAUCCGGCUGGCUGGGUUGUCACGUUCCUCUUAUUACUUAAAAGUAAGCAGUUACUUUAUACCAAGUAACGAAACAUUUAGAUUUUUGUCAAACCCUUUCUGUAGAUGUCACAGAGAGAGAAAAAGUAAUGCGCCAGGUUCGUGUGCGUGGAAUUAUUUUAUGGGAAUUGACAUAUGAUUGAGGCGCUCAGAUGGAAUGCAGAGUCGCAUGUAUACACACAGACAUCUUUUCUUAAAUCGAGAAUAUAUUUUGCACAUUUUAACAAAAUGUUCAGCAUUCUUAAUAAAGCCUAGAUGGACA